UCAUCAUGAGUCUUUUGGAAUUGUCUUGAGUUAUUGUAUUACUAAGAGGAGAUGAUCAUUGCAUAAUGUUGCUGUUACUGUAUUCAAUGUCCAAGAAAUUAUUUUUUCUUAAAUCAAGAAGAAUACCUAUAUUCAGGGGACUGAAGGAGGAGGAGCCAGCAAAGGAAGAGAAGGAGCAGACAAGAAAUUGGAAGAGAACUAGAGGUUUCAGUGUCACUGAAGCCUGGAAGAAGGAAGGUUGUUUAACAACUUUAUAUUACCUUGAGAGGUCAAAAGGUGUCUCUAGACGCUGCUAUACUCUUUUGAAGAUGUCUAACAGUAACACUACUCAAGAGACCCUGGAAAUAAUGAAAGAAUCAGAAAAAAAGCUGGUGGAAGAGUCUGUAAGCAAGAAUAAGUUUGUAUCCAAGUCACCAAGUAAGGAAGAGAUUGAGAAGGAGGGUGAGGAUACUAGUGUUCGGCAGGAGACACAGAGACGGGCUUCCAACCAUGGGCAUGCCAGAAAAAGAGCCAAGUCUAACUCUAAGCUGAAGCUAGUGCGGAGCCUGGCAGUGUGUGAGGAGUCCUCUACCCCUUUUGUUGAUGGGCCACUGGAAACCCAGGAUAUAAUUCAAUUGCAUAUCAGUUGCCCCUCUGAUAAAGAGGAAGAGAAGUCCAUGAAAGAUGGUUCUGAAAAAGAAGACAAAGACAAAAAUAAAGAAAAAGUCCCAAGGAAAAUGCUGUCUAGAGACUCUAGUCAAGAAUAUACAGAUUCUACUGGAAUAGACCUACAUGAAUUUCUAAUAAAUACACUGAAAAAAAAUCCAAGGGACAGAAUGAUGCUGCUAAAGUUAGAACAAGAGAUUCUGGAAUUCAUUAAUGACAACAAUAACCAGUUCAAGAAAUUUCCUCAGAUGACCUCAUAUCACCGGAUGCUAUUACACCGGGUUGCUGCCUAUUUUGGAAUGGACCACAAUGUUGACCAAACUGGAAAAGCUGUCAUCAUCAACAAAACCAGUAACACAAGGAUCCCUGAACAGAGGUUCUCAGAACAUAUUAAAGAUGAGAAGAAUGUAGAAUUUCAACAGAGGUUCAUCCUGAAGAGAGAUGACACCAGCAUGGACCGGGAUGAUAACCAGAUCAGAGUUCCAUUACAGGAUGGAAGGAGGAGCAAGUCAAUAGAAGAGAGAGAGGAGGAAUAUCAAAGGGUUCGAGAGAGAAUAUUUGCCCGAGAGACUGGCCAGAACGGAUAUCUAAAUGACAUCAGACUCUCCAAAGAAGCCUUUUCUUCUAGCUCUCACAAAAGAAGGCAGAUUUUUAGGGGGAACCGUGAGGGGCUGAGCCGAACUUCGAGCAGCCGCCAGAGCAGCACAGACAGCGAGAUCAAAUCCCUGGAGCCCCGGCCCUGGAGCAGCACAGACUCAGAUGGCUCUGUCCGUAAUAUGCGGCCACCUGUUACCAAAGCCAGCAGCUUCAGUGGGAUCUCCAUUCUUACCCGGGGUGACAGCAUUGGGAGCAAUAAAGGAGGCAGUGCAGGAAGAAUCUCCAGGCCAGGUUUAGCCCUUGGUGCCCCAGAAGUGUGCAACCAGGUCACCUCAUCCCAGCCUGUCCGGGGCCUUCUCCCUUGCACUACCCAACAUCAGCAGCAUCCAGCUCUCCCACCCACACCUCAGCAACAGCCACCCUUGAGUAAUCACAUGAUCUCACAGCCAGUCUCAGCUCUACAGCCCUCUCCGCAGCCUGUUCAGUACUCUCCAAGCUCCUGUCCCCAAGUCCUUCUGCCAGUCUCUCCACCCCAGCAGUACAAUAUGACGGAUGAUCUCAGCAAUCCCUUUGGGCAGAUGAGCCUCAGCAGACAAGGUUCCGCCGAGGCAGCUGAUCCAUCUUCAGCCCUAUUCCAGCCCCCACUUCUCUCCCAGCACCCUCAGCAGCCUGGCUUCAUCAUGGCUUCCACGGGCCAACCUCUCCCCACCUCCAACUACUCCACCUCCGGCCACGCUCCCCCUGCCCAACAGGUUCUGCAGCCUCAGGGCUACAUACAGCCCCCACAACAGAUACAGGUUUCUUACUACCCUCCUGGGCAGUAUCCCAACUCUAACCAGCAAUACCGACCUCUUUCUCACCCGGUGGCCUACAGCCCCCAACGUGGUCAACAGCUGCCUCAGCCAUCUCAGCAGCCUGGGUUACAGCCCAUAAUGUCCAACCAGCAGCAGGCAGCUUACCAAGGCUUGAUGGGUAUCCAGCAGCCACAGAACCAAGGCCUUCUCAGCAACCAGAGGAGCAGUAUGGGGGGCCAGAUGCAAGGCCUAGUGGUCCAGUAUACUCCACUACCUUCAUACCAAGUUCCAGUGGGAAAUGAGUCCCAGAAUGUGGUCCAGCAACCCUUUCAGCAACCUGUGCUGGUCCCUGCUAGCCAGUCAGUCCAGGGGGGCUUACCAGCAGGGAGCAUGCCUGUGUACUACAGUGUGAUCCCACCAGCACAGCAGAAUGGCUCAAGCCCUUCAGUAGGAUUUCUGCAACCCCCUGGCUCUGAGCAGUACCAGAUGCCUCAGUCUCCUUCCCCCUGCAGCCCACCACAGAUGCCACAACAGUACUCAGGAGUGUCCCCAUCUGGACCAGGUGUGGUAGUUAUGCAGCUGAAUGUCCCCAGUGUUCCCAAUGGUUCUCAGGCCCCACAGACCCCAUCAAUGGUUCAGUGGAGUCACUGUAAAUACUACAGCAUGGACCAGCGGGGACAGAAGCCAGGAGACCUGUACAACCCUGAGAGCAGCCCCCAGGCCAAUACACAGAUGAAUAGCCCUAUCACAUCUCCCACCCAGUCCCCAACCCCAUCUCCCGUCACCAGCCUCAGCAGCGUUUGCACGGGACUCAGCCCUCUUCCUGUUCUUACGCAGUUCCCCCGACCUGUUGGCCCGGCCCAGGGUGAUGGGCGCUACUCUCUCCUGGGCCAGCCAUUACAGUACAAUCUGUCCAUCUGUCCUCCCCUGCUCCAUGGCCAGUCGACUUACACAGCACACCAGGGACAGACUGGAAUGAAGCAUGGAAACCGAGGGAAGAGGCAGGCACUCAAAUCUGCCUCCACCGACCUGGGGACUGCAGAUGUUGUCCUGGGGCGGGUGUUGGAGGUGACAGAUCUCCCUGAGGGCAUCACCCGCACAGAGGCCGACAAACUCUUCACGCAGCUCGCCAUGUCCGGCGCCAAGAUCCAGUGGCUCAAGGACGCUCAGGGGCUGCCAGGCGGCGGGGGCGGGGGCAGUGGGGGGGGUGGGGGGGACAACAACGGGACUGCCGAGAAUGGCCGGCACACAGACCUCGCUGCCUUAUACACCAUCGUGGCUGUGUUCCCCAGCCCCCUGGCGGCCCAGAACGCCUCCCUCCGCCUCAACAACUCCGUGAGUCGCUUCAAACUUCGAGUGGCCAAAAAGAACUAUGACCUGAGGAUCCUGGAGCGGGCCAGCUCCCAAUAGGCAGAGGAGGGGAAGAGGCCAGCACCACGGGUUGGGGCAGGGCGGUGUGGGCAAGGGAAUGCAGAAAAAGCACAGAUGGAGAUGUUGCUCCAGACAGACAUGGACACACACAGAGCUAGGGACC